AUGACAUUCAGCGAAUCUGGUAUUAAUGUUUGGGCAAUGACUGGCUUUCAGGUUCUCCCUCCACAGAAUUUCGAGGUCACAGAAGCAGGAAGGAGCCGGAAGGGUAUUUUGAUUGAAUCGAACCACGAACUUGUUGUUAUAGGAGUUAAUCGCAUAAAUAAUGGGUCCUACCCCUACAUGGCUAGCUUCCUCGCUAUCCCAGUAGAGUCACUCGGCUUGUCUUACUUCGCUGUCACUGCCAGGGAUCGAGCGGAAAUACUCAUUGUUGCUGGGUAUGCCAAUACUACGGUAACAGUAAAGGUUAACGGCAUGCUCUCACACGAAGGCACAACGUUUCAGACAGGAGGUUCCUUCACAUCAACCCUAAAUGAGUUCGAUACAUUACUGCUUCUUGGUAGAAGCACAGAUAACUCUUUGACCGGAACUCACGUAACGUCAAAUACCGUCGUCAGUGUGUAUAGUGGAAACAAGUACAUGUCAAUCGGAUCAAGUAACCACAUGGUACAACAGCUCGUCCCGGUACAGGCAUGGCGAUCACUGCACGUAACUGUCCCACCAACAGCCACCACGUACGAACUCAUGUUUGUCGCAGCCUAUCCAAACACAUCAGUACGGGUAACAUGUGUACACGAAUCACCAAUAGGGUUUAUGUUAAACGUGGCUGGGUCCUCGACAUCGAUGUAUCUGGAGGACGCUCCCUGCGUCACUGUAUCGAGCAAACCUGUGUCGGUGACCAUGUUUGUUAGAAGUCAGUUAUUUGACCCUGUUAUGAUCAGAAUUCAGCCAUUACAGACACAAUCACACAAGAUAGUGUUCCUUGUCAAACCCGACGAUAUUGAUGCGGAGCUUGUAUUGGUCAGUGCUGCUGGUAAUGAGAUUUCCCUUGACGACAUAAAUCUAGUCUUAAAACCAAUACCUGGGACGAAAUAUCGCUUUCUAAUAGUAUCUGUCAUCAUAGGUUCACACAUUAUCAACUGCAGCCAAAGAUGCCAGAUUUCGGCUUACAUCCAUGGACAUCAUGGUAUGGAAGCAACGGGAUAUCCUAUACAUGCCAUAGUGAGUACAUUAUAUAUCUGGUUGGAGUGA